CAGUCAAUCUCUGUGUGAGUUUUGAUCAUUUUACCUUCGCUCCCCAAUAAUCUUGUUUUGUUUAAAAAAAAAACAAACAAUAUCGACAUCGUUCAAGGUGGUGGUACCUCAAAUAGCCUACCAGCGAAGAAUGGGGCAGCUGCCUCGAGAGUCGGGAUUUUAGGGGCAGCCAUUUGAUAUCCAAAGGGAAGUUAAUUGUUUUUCAUUAUUCAUUUUGCUUGCUUGAUUCUAUAUUUUUCUGGUAAGUUGCUUUAAGCCAAGGCUUUUUGAUCGAAUUUUAUUUUAUUUUAAUUUCGUUAUCGACCCGCCCCGAUAUACUGCUGGGGAGAAAAAACACGCCCGGACCUGCAGUCGACAUCGUUAUAUCGAGAUCAUUUUCCAUAUAUUUUAUUAUUGAUGGGACCUCGUCCUCGGGGACCCAGGGCGUCGCGGAGAUCGGGCACACAGGGAGCGUGCAAAGAAGGAGUGAAAGACUUCUUUUACUCCUCUUUCUUUCUCGGCGCACUCCGCGAGGCCCUGGGUCCCCGAGGAUGGUGGGACCUGAAAUCGAUAUCGAGAGUAUCUCAACGUUAUAUCGAGUAUUGCUUACAUCUAGUCCACUGUACAGUUACUUUGAGGCAAAGCCCCGGUACCUGCUAAGUUCUUCAGACUCUUCCUGGCAGAGUUUUCCUUUCCCUGGAACAAUUUCCAUCUGACCUGGUGGGAAAUUUUCCUCCGAAUGAAAAUAUACUUUUUUUAUACUUGGUAUCUAGUUAAUUAAACUCUCUUUUAACUUUCCAGGAAACAUCCCUUGUACGCUAUUGGCGAAUCAGAUAAAAGACUCUCGAGCUAUAAUACCAUGAUUAAUUUGUUCAUUUAAUAUUGUUUAUUAGCUUCUAAGUGCUCGUUGUCACAAACAGAAUUGUUAGACUUUUGCAAAAGAUAAAUUUCGUCCGUGGGUGGACUUGAACAGCUGAACGCGCUAACCGAUUGCGCCACACACUCAUUGGUUUCUGUGCAGUAUCAAAACAGCCCUCUAUCACUGACCUGGGGCUCGUUUCUCGAAACACCCGAGAAUUCUCGGGCCCGAAAACGAUUUAUUUCUUAAAUUUGAAAAGCUGGCUAAUUUCUAUAAAAUUUAUGGUAUCUAAAUGUGUUGAAAUAUCGUCAAACAUCGUAGUUUACCACUUUACCACCAAGAUUCAUGUAAAGGAUGAUUCUCUUUGUAUAUUUUAAUCUUCCCCGAACUUCUCGUGCCCGAAAUUCACAUGGCUUAAAUAUUAAUGCUGUGUUUACACUUGAGCGUCCAACCUAGGUUGAAUAACUACCCAACCUAGGUUAGAUUUGAAGUGUGUCGCUCGAAAUAGCCACAUGUGCCGGCAAUUACAAAGGAUCCGCGACCUAGGUUCGGUUGAGCUCAACCAUUCCAGGAGGCAUGGUUGAGCGUACUCAACCGAGGUUACAGGCAAAUCUGUUGACAGUUCUUGUCAGCUAUCGCUUUCCGAUUUCAGUCAUUACUAAAUAGUCAUGAGAUUACCACAUGUUUUUUAGAUCUGCGCAUUUUGCUGGACAUUUUACACAAUACUUUAAACAAACUUGUUUUCAAGUGAAAGGACUGCGAAUCCCUAACGUACUAGCACAAAAUACUCAACGAAAACGACAAACAUAAGAGAAAACAUCAGGCAAGACGGCCAGAAAAAUCACAAUAAUCGCAGCAGCAAUUUGACCUCAGAAUUCAAAUUGAUAACACCGGGGCUGUUCCAGCUGAAUGAUCAACCGAGGUUAAGUUUUCAAGUGUAAAAACAUUUCUCCUAACCGGGGUUCAGUUAACCACAAACUGAACCUAGGUUGACGCUCAAGUGUAAACACAGCAUAAGAAAGUUCUCGGGACCUCUCAGUCACCCGAGACUUUUCGGGUAACUUUUAACGGGUAACUUCGGUAACUUUUUAUGUUCAGCAAAACUUCAAAAAUAGCCCUAUUGAGCGCAAUCAUUUGGAAUACGAACCAAAGGAAGCCUCAAACUGUUUUAAAACAUAAAAGCUAAACACAAACGCUCACAGCUAAACACAAACUCUCACGGCUAAACACAAACACUCACGGCUAAACACAAACACUCACGGCUAAACACAAAUGCUCACGGCUAAACACAAACUCUCACGGCUAAACACAAACGCUCACGGCUAAACACAAACUCUCACGGCUAAACACAAUCGCUCACGGCUAAACACAAACUCUCACGGCUAAACACGAACUCUCACGGCUAAACACAAACUCUCACGGCUAAGCACAAACGCUCACGGCUAAACACAAUCGCUCACGGCUAAACACAAAAUCUCACGGCUAAACACAAACCCUCAUAAAGGUUCAUAUGUCGAGUAAAUGUACCCCCCUUUAGGCACCUAGCUUAAAGGGAUUAAUUGCUCAAGCCAGCAUAUUGUAUUUCAGUUAUCUCUAGUCUUGAUUGCUAGCACACGUUCACAGCUUCACUCUAUAAUUCUUUGUUCUUUUCAACGUUUAUAUAUCAAGCUCAUAUUGUUUUUUCCACUGUUACGAUGCCGCGAGAAAAGAAAUGUCCAGGCUGCAAGAAGCCAGUAAAUGAUCAUGAUUUUGGCGUGCCAGGGAAACAUUGUGACGGUCCUGGGGGCGUUCCCGAAAUUCGGGGCAAUUCUACUACACGGAACGACGAACUGUUGAAUUCGCUCGCCGCCGCUGUUCAAACUCUCACGGCCGAGGUUCAAAGUUUGAAGGCCGAUCAUGCUAGCAGUCGUCAGUCCCAUUCCUUGCCGCCCUCCGACGUUGCUUCGUCGUCGCGAUCUUCUAAAGAUGUAUCGCCGCGCCGUGCGACGACGGUUACUUUGCCCGAGCUUAGAGCCAUGGAUGACUUGGCCGACGCGGCGGAUCGACGUGUGGCUCAUGUUCUGCCCAUUGCAUCCAGUGAGUCCGAUGAGGAAGCUGAUAUGGGUGCGCUGGCUUCCUCUCCGUUACGGAAGCCAAAUAAAGCUGGUAAGUUGAAGUCUGGCAAGGAAGACCGUCCAACUUCAGAAGUUGUAGUUAAACAGUUGUGGCCGCAACGUUUUCUUUCCUUGACUCGUGCUAGUCAGGAGAUUACUUACGAACGUCUUACCAUGGCAGAAUUCGUGGCGGGGUAUGCACAGAUUCUACAAUUACGAGAGAUCAGUUCGUUCGAGCGCGCCGAACGACACAAACAUUUGGUAACGCUGAUGUACCACGCACAGCUAUACGAAUGGGAGGCGGUGCUUGCCUUCCAUGGAGCGGUUUUGCUUGAAAUCGAACGUGGCUUAUUGAAGUGGGGUGAUUCCUUUUCCCACCUCGAAAGCAGAACCCUCCAUGGUCAGCUACUUUCACCGCCGAAAAAGCAGUCUUACAGUUCAGGGCCGACAUUGUUUUGUAGAGAUUAUCAACGCGAGAAGUGCAUUCAUACCAAGGAUCAUUAUGGUUACGUCCGAGGCGAACGUAAAUGGGUAAAACAUAUUUGUGCGGCUUGUUGGGUACAAUCGAGAAAACAGGAAUCGCAUAGAGAGGAUUCAUCUGAUUGUCCGCUUUCAGGGGAAUAAAAAAAAACUGAUAAACUUCGCCCUUGGUCAAGACAUUGGGGGCGUUCCUUCCGUUACUGUUGCUUCAUUUCCGGAUAUGUCGUUUUGUGCUUUGAAUGCUGAUGCUUGCUCCCAGCCGCUAAAGGCUGCAGUUCCUGACUGUCGUGGCUUUUCCACGGGCGCUGAUUAUAUUCAUGAUGUGUGUUUUCCUCAGCCGGUGGAGGCUGGUGUUCUAGACUGUCGUGGUUUUUCCACGGCCUUUCCUCGUGACUCUCAGCAGGCGAAUGAUUUUUAUUUGUACGCACAUGAGUUAGUUUUUCGUUCUGGUCGCCCGAACUUUGUGGUUUCUCGCCUGCCCGUUCCAAGUUCCCUAAAGGUCAAUACUUGGAGGACUUUGUUGUAUGAUUAUGACGACCAAAUGAUUUGUGAUUUCCUGGAGUUUGGUUGGCCGGUGGGUUUCACUGGCGAUACUGUUCCUAUUUUUGAUGCUCGCACUCACCGGGGUGCGCUCAAUUUUGCGACUCAAGUUUCAGAGCAUUUACAACGUGAAGUCUCGCUUGGUCGUGUCGCUGGGCCGUUUACGGAUCCUCCCUUCGGGGGUGGAUUUGUUACUUCACCGUUGAACACGGUUCCCAAGCGAGAUUCUGAAGAACGUAGGGUAAUUGUGGACUUGAGCUGGCCUAAGGGCGGUUCAGUAAAUGAUGGUAUUCCGUGUGAUAGUUUUCUGGGAGAUCCGUUCGUGACUUGUUAUCCCACUAUAGAUGACAUUGUGGAAGCGAUCGUGCAGUUUGGCCCGGGUUGUUUUCUCUAUAAGCGGGAUCUGCGGCAGGCGUAUAGGCAGUUUCCUGUGGAUCCCGGCGAUUACCGUUUACUUGGAUUCCUCGGCUUUGGCCUCUCUGCAAAAGGAUCUACGACAGACAUUACAAGCUGCUUAUAGCACAGGGACAUAUAGUAAUUUAAAGACUCAAUUUAAGGCCUUUUUUCUAUUUUGCUUAUAUUUUGACUUGACUCCAUUACCAGCAGACAUAGAUACGGUCUGUCUUUAUGUACAGUUUUUAAGUCGUUCGAUUGCACCACCUUCGAUUCGUAAUUAUUUAAGUGGGGUCAAGUUAUUACAUCUUUUCGCCGGUUAUGACUAUGCAUUUACUAAGGAUUUUAGUUUAUCCCUAGCCCUGCGGGGAGUUUCCCGUAGGAUACCACAUGUACCUCAGAGGGCUCCACCGGUAACUCCUAGCCUUUUAUUGCUAGUUGCGCGAACAGUAGAUUGUAUUGCGCAUUUCUCUUUGCAUUUUUUCUUAUGGCGCGUAUAGCUAAUAUCGUACCGCUUUCUAUUAAGGCAUUUAAUCCUACCCGCGAUCUCACACGGGGUGAUGUUUUGUGUAACGAACACGGGCUUAUCGUCACGUUUAAGCAUACAAAAACUAUUCAGUUCGGUCAGCGUCGAUUACACAUUCCUCUGUUACGUA